AUGCCAGGUAAUCUGGGCAAAAAUGCCGGUAUAGGUGUCAGUCCAUCAAUGACACCUACAUUUGGCAAUAUACCAACAGUAUCAAGUAUACCACCAUCGUUACCAGCCGCUCCCACAGGUGGUCUAAUUCCUCCCAUAUCCAACUAUCCCAAUGCUAGUAAUGCUUCACCCAUAUUCAAUAAUUCUACAAAUAAAAGAGAAUUGGUUGCUACUAAUAAUAAUUCGAUGCGUGACGUUCAGCAAAUGGCAACGCAGAUAUUACAUGGACAAAUGGAUGUGCAAGAACAAGUAUUACAAUAUCAAUUUAUGUUAGAACAGUGUAUGUCUAAUCUUGAUCAUCAAAAUCUUCUAUUAAGUCAACAACAAGAAGAAUUAAGUGUUCUAAAAGCAAAGAUAAAACACAUGGACUACAUGAUGGAAGCACUUAAAUAUAAAGGAACAACAAAUCCAUCACCAAUGCCUCAUUAUAGUCAACCCGCAGGUGCUAGUUGGCAACAAACACCGUAUGUUGCUUUACUUCCGCCAUCAUCUUCAUAUUAUUCUGGAGGAGCAACAAGAGCAACACCAUCAACAUUUCAACCGACUAAUCCACACUAUAAAUCACCAACACGAACACGAAAAAGUUCUGGACGAUCAUCUACAACGAGUGAUAUUAAUCGUCGUGUAGCAAAUGAUGCACCGAGAUCUACAGGUGUCAGUGAUGCUAUCAGAAGAAUAAAUAAUAACAGCAAAAGAUAA